CCUCGAUGGACCUGACGUGAAGGGAUUCAGGGAACUGGCGGUCUCGAGGUUUCGGAGGUGGCAAGGACAGAGGCAAAGCUUGUGUGGAUCAAGCUCAUGACUCAGCAUGCUCGCCGCCGCCCCCGCCAGGACCGUGGAGAUCGAGGAGGCCACCAUCACGCUAGCCCGCGUCCGCCAGUCCUGGCAAGCGGUGGGUUUGCGCCCUGUGCAGGUGCAAGCCUAAUGGCCACGGUUGGGACUUCUGCAAGCAGGCCGGAACUGGAGCUCCCACACGAGAUGUGGACAAGGUACUCGACCCUGCGGGCCGUCACCGUGUUUCUCGCGGCCCUCCUGUUUUGCGUGAUCAGUUUGCAGGUACGUCGGCCAGCGGGACUGACAAGCCAGAGCUUACAGACAGUGCACUUCGCAAUCUCAUUGGGUUGUCUGCUGAAGCAGGUGAUAACGCCAGCGCGUCCAAAUACCAGAAGCAGGCUGGGUAUUCUAUAUUUCAGGGUGUAGUCGAGGAGUCCUUGCAGUCACGAGUGCCCAAGUGUCGUGCUCGGGUCCAGAAAUUCUUCACGCUUCGCGUAUCCCCACCAGCC